CAUGUAAGUGCUGCGGAGAAUUCUUUGCAGUGCAAUUGCAAAAUUACCUCUUUUCCCGACGCCUGCGAGGGCUGUGCAAUUGUAACAUCGCUCUUUGCACCUACACGCACGCUCCGGACGCAAAAAGGUUCCAAGUGCAUGAAGAUCGAGGCUUGUAUUUUGCAUCUUUGUUGCAAAGCAAGCCGCUGAAGCUCCAGUGCGAGGGCGAUGGAGGGAGGGAGUGAAAAAGAAGGCAAAGUCUUUUGUGCUUCCCCUCCCCCUCAUCAAAGCAAGGGGGAAAUGUCUCAGCCAAAGGGAGGUAAGAGGAAGCCGGUGCUCAAGCUCCCCAAGGAGGUGUUCGAGCAGCCUCCUCCCGCCGCAGUACCACCCAGAGAUUUGGAUUCGAAAGCUUGUGUAACCAUCGGAGAGAAGAACUUCGAGGUGAAGGCAGAUGACCUGGAGCAGAUCUGCGAGCUCGGCCGAGGAGCGUAUGGCGUGGUGGACAAGAUGAGGCACGUGCCCAGUGGCCUGAUCAUGGCUGUGAAGCGGAUUCGGGCCACAGUGAACACCCAGGAGCAGAAGAGGCUGCUCAUGGAUCUGGACAUCUCCAUGAGGACAGUGGACUGUUACUACACAGUCACUUUCUACGGAGCGCUUUUCAGAGAGGGCGACGUCUGGAUCUGCAUGGAGCUGAUGGACACCUCCCUCGACAAGUUCUACAAGCAGGUGAUCGAGAAGGGCAUGAGCAUCCCCGAAGACAUCCUGGGAAAGAUCGCCGUCUCAAUAGUAAAAGCUUUGGAGCAUCUGCACAGCAAUCUGCAAGUCAUACACAGAGAUGUGAAGCCCUCCAACGUGCUGAUCAACACUCAGGGCCAGGUGAAGAUGUGCGACUUUGGCAUCAGCGGCUACCUGGUCGACUCUGUGGCUAAAACCAUGGACGCUGGCUGCAAACCUUACAUGGCGCCGGAGAGGAUCAACCCCGAGACGAACCAGAAAGGCUACAGCGUCAAAUCUGACAUCUGGAGUUUAGGAAUCACGAUGCUCGAGCUCGCCAUCCUGCGCUUCCCGUACGACUCGUGGGGCACGCCCUUCCAGCAGCUGAAGCAGGUGGUGGAAGAACCUUCACCCCAGCUUCCUGCCGACCAGUUCUCCCCCGAGUUUGUGGACUUCUCCUCUCUGUGCUUAAAGAAAGUUUCCAAAGAGCGGCCGACUUACACAGAACUCAUGCAACAUCCUUUCUUCAGCUCUCAUGAGGCCAAAGAAACCGACGUGGCUAGCUUUGUGAAAGUCAUCUUGGGGGACUGAGUUGCCACACUCACACAGGAGGGAGGGAAGAUCUGUUAUUAAGAAAAAAAAAUACAACAAACAAACAAAAAGCACCAAUGGCAGCACCUCUUACCUGCAGCCUACUCUCACCCCUCCCUCCAGAAACAGACAGGCGGAGCAUAAGAGGAGAAGCUGACGCAGCAGAGCGAGUGGUUUAUCCCCGCCCCCACCUGGCCUCCAUGUCCUCUGUACAGUACCUGACACGGGAGGGGUGGGGGAGACGGGUGUCGCACACAUAAUCUGGAAUAAUUUAAAAUGUCUGUAUGCAAAAACUCCCUCUGUGGUUAGAUUUGUACAACCUCUGUGCACCGCCUACUACUCAGACAUCGUUGGUAAUCAGCGAGUUGACCGUGUGGAGUUCAGCCUGUCCUCCUGGUUGUUGUUUUUCUUUUUGCUAGUGAAAAGAGGUGCAGAUUAUAUAUAUAU